GUGGAGCCGAAUCAAGAAGGAAUCCUCUAAGUGGCAAUUCACAGAAAAGCUAUGUAGACAUUUUACUGUUACAUUAACAUUUUACUGGAUUACACAGUUUUGAAAAAGCCUUUCUUCUACUACAUGGACUCAGCUGUCGUGGUUUCCUUUCGUAGGGUAAGUAAGAACCUGUACCAGAGCAAGCGCUGGAAAUAGUGACACAGCUUUUAUAGGGCUUCAAAGGGAAAGUACAGAACGACAGAUUACCGGCUCAACUCAGCCAUCUGACUCUUCUAGAACCACGGAUCUCAAACUGAGAGCUAGAGGUGAGAGACGGAAGAUCGCACAGCCGGAAGACGAUGGAAGACGAUAACAAUAAGAGACAUGACCCAAAGACGACCCACAUUUGCGACCUGCAAUGCCUCGGCCCCCUGACCUUCCAUCCUAAGACGAUGGGUCACAAGAUCCGUCUGAGCGAGGGCGGCCGACGUGCCCAGAGAGCUGAAGACACUUUCAAAGGUGGUGUUGUUUUCACCAGCCGCCCUGUGAGGACCUACGAGAGGGUCCGGGUGCUGGUGGAGAAGCGUGUGCCACACUGGCAAGGAGCCCUGCGCGUGGGCUUCACCAACGUUCCGCCAUUUACCAGACCCUUGCCUCUGCCUCCCUUUGCCGUGCCCAACCUCACCCAAACCUCGGGCCACUGGGCCGUCCCUGUGCACGAGUCCUACUGUCAGGAAGGUUCAGUGCUGGAAUUCUGGGUCUCUAAUGAUGGCUACAUAUAUUACAAGAACAACAAUGGCAAUAAGCAAAAGCUACAAGAGGAAGUGGGCGUCAGAAAUCCUCUCUGGGCCAUGAUUGAUGUCUACGGUCAGACGUGCUCCAUCUUCCUUCUAGGCUCAGAGAAAAAGGAUUUGCUUUUCAAAAGAACAUCUUGUCCUGCACUUGAACCUCUCGUCAGACGGCCCUCCGGUCUCAAACCCGAUUCUACGACACGCAGGGAAAAAUCUGAUGACUGUAUCUCCUGCCGAAGUAUGGAAAACCCAGCAGACGAGCGCUGUGUGGUGUGUAUGACGCGAGAGGCUGACAUCACGCUGCCCUGUGGCCACCGCUGCCUCUGCCUCCGCUGCACCUCCAGAGUCCUGGUGCACUUUGGCACCUGUCCACUGUGUCGAAUGAAGAUUGACACUGGAGCGACGUUUGAAGGCAGCACGGUCUCCAACGCUGGACACAGCUAGCACCAAACUGAAUCUGCUGAGACUGCAUUUUGACUGCAACCAGGAAAAGAACAUCACAAACUUUUGACCUUUUGACUGCGGAGCAUACAAUUUCAAGAGAAUGUAUGAAGAUGCAAAAAUAUAAAAAAUUCAGAAAGGUUUUUUAUAAAUAAUACUUAAACAUGACAUCACACAAGAUGGAAA